AUGUCGGUUGCUGAAGACGAGCUCCCCAGUCAAACUGAGGGACUAGGGAAAAAAGAGCGGCCAUGGCUUCUUUCAUCGAAUCGCAGACUGCGGAACCUUCAGGGGAUUUCCGUUCGCAACCUGCUAGUCACACCUCCACCGGCAAAUAGACCUCGUGGGAAGACAAUCGACGAUGAGAGUAUUCCGAAUACGUUACAGACGCCAGCGAAAAUGAUCGCAAACAAGGAAGCUCGAACGCUGCAUCAUUCGCGAUCCGCUACAGAACUGAACCAUGUUGCGUCCUCGACUGACGUUGGGAUGGCUGGGGUGCAGGAUGGGAAGCAUCACGCGAGGAAAAUGCCUACAAAUCGGCGAAGGAGCACAUUACCGUGGUCCGGUGCCAAUCCGGGAGUAAGGCAGCGGCGCUUAGAGGACAUUGCUGCCAGUAGGAUGGCUGAUACCUGGUUUUCCUUACAUUGCGCCGGCAUUGAGGAGCCAGUUUAUGUGAGUGAGGUUAUUGAAAGAGCAAUGAAUCCCUCUUUCAAGAACUUUGAUCUCAAUCCUUGUGGCUCUUUGGUGAUAUUCAAAUUGUGGGCAAGACCAGCUACGAUGGAGGAAUACUUUUUGCUUCUGGAGGCCAAGGUGCAGUUCAAGGCACUCCAGUAUAUUGGCAAGACUCCGCAGAGCUUUCGGCAUCCACUCCCAAUGAAUUGCGUUGUUUUUCACUUUGUGGAUGGCGUUUAUACCUCCCUCACGGACGUGGUUGUAAGCGAGCCUUCCCCCCUCUCUCAAACACGAGGGAAGACACCUCUCGUGGGUGAGAUGACCCCCACCGCUUCGUACGACACUUUGAUGCGACUGGCGAACCUUGAUGGCUGUAUCCAGGAUGCCCUGGCUACACGAGAUAAACUCGAGGCCCAUAUCAAUGCAGUGCUGGAAGAGCAUAAGGCAUACUUUGACAUUCUGAAUCGAAAAGCUGAAGUUGAGGAACGACUUGUUUCGGUUACGAAAGCUAUAGCAGCGGAGAAGAAGAGAGUGCAACAAUCCCUAAGACAAAAGGAGAGUCUCAUUGCAAGCAUUGAAGCAAGGAAGGCAGCGAUGCAGCAAGGCCAUGAAAGCCAGGAGAAGACAUCAUCAUAUCUCCAAGAAGCUCAAGCGACAAAGAUAUCCAGUGAGAAGCUUCUGCAGCAAGCCAGAGAGGACUCAGGCGGUCAAAUACGUCGAAUCUGUGAAGAUUUAAGUUUCAUUUACCCAAUCGAGCCCGUUCCUGGGAAAGCCCUCGCCUUUACAAUUUUGGGGAUUCCCUUACCGAAUUCUAAUUUCGAGAAUAUUGACAAGGAAUCCGUGGCCGCUGCUCUCGGAUACACGGCGCACCUGGUUUAUCUCCUCUCGUUUUAUCUUUCCGUUCCGCUCCCUUACCCCAUCCAGCCAUAUUCCUCACAUUCCUUCAUCAAAGAUCCGAUCUCAGUUGGUCUUACACAGCGGACGUUUCCCCUAUACCCUGUAAACGCGCAUUACCGUUUCGAAUAUGGGGUAUUCUUGCUGAACAAAGAUAUUGAGUAUCUGUUGAACCGGCAGGGAUUUCGAGUUAUCGAUAUUCGGCACACCCUACCGAACGUCAAAUACCUACUCUACCUCCUCAUGUCCUCGACGGGUGAGCUUCCUGCAAGAAAGGCGGGUGGAGUACGGGGGCUGUUUGCAGGAAAAGCCUUGACACCUAGCCUAUCGCGGCGUGAAAGUGUUGACAGUGUGGCUAGCGGCAAUUCUUCAGUUAAUCAAAAGAGAGUUUCGCAGGGUCGCCCAGCGAUUCUGAUCAACGGCGGCGGGAUGCCGAAACCCCAGCAGCAUGCCGGAGACGAUGAGGAUCAACGGUCGGUAACGACCGUGACAAACCCUACUGGUGGUCAAAUUGGGAAUCGCCAGCGACACGAGAACCUUGCAUUUGGACCAGGUGGAGUUCAGCGAUCUGCUCUGACGGGAUGA